AUGGGUUUAGAGUUCGCGACUAUUCUCCACGUGGACGAGUGCCACGACCCCACUGUCUAUGAGCCUUGUCAUCGUUCCAUCGGCCGGGUGUUCGACGGUGACUUUCUCCGAAACGCUACUAUGGAGCCUAGAAAGCAGGUCAAUUUCGCCUGCGAAAGCUGUCGUGAAGGGAAAAGGAAGUGUGACGCAGAGAAGCCACAGUGCUCCCGGUGCAAACGCCAAGGCAAACACUGUGUCUACGCGACCGAAGACAAGCCUAAGAGGCGCAAAUACUGGGACGAGGAAUACGUGCAAAGUCUUGAAAAUCAAGUCAAGACACUGCUCGCAGCCCUGGAAGCUAGCACAUCCCAGAAACCUACCGCUCCAAGAGUCGAAGACGGCCCGUACUCCGGCCAAGGCACCGCGUCAACACCCGCCGAAACCUACCAAGGGAUUGCACUGGUAGAGCAUCCUGUGGCAAUACCACCACAACGCAUAGAACCUACGGAGCCCGAAGACCGCUCGCUCACGGCCAUGGAAGAGCUCAGUGUCAUGAUGUGGAGGACCAACAUUGGCGACGGCGUCACAAUCAUCGGGGAUUCCCCGUCUGGCCCUCAUCGGGUGGAUCCGGCGGAAACCCCGAGGCCAGCAGACUUCAUCACGCCGCCGAUGAAGAUUCUUGACUAUUGCGGUAAUCAGGAGCUGAUCCACGGCCUAGCCGACCUCUUCCUGGAGAACAUUAACAGCGAGCACCAAUUCACGUCUUAUAAGUCAAGCGACUUCCUUGUGGGGUAUCCAUACCAGAACUUUGGCUAUACUUUUCUUCACAGCGCAAUGCUAGCCACGGGAGCUGUGUUUUCCGAUAGGGCGGAUGCCGCAGAAAUCAGUGAUGCGUUCGCCCAGUUCGCCGAGUCUUUGGUGUUCAUCUGCUUCAGAAACGAUCCGGGGAUCCAGGUACUACAGGGACUUUGCAUGCUAUCGUGGCGAUCCCUGGCCCUAGGCAGAGACCACUUCGGGUGGACCUUUAUCUCCAUGGCAGCCGGGCUUUGCGUGCAUUUGCGACUACACGUUCUGGCAUUGGACGAAUGCUCUGCAAGAACGUGGCAGCCGCAGGUUGCAGACAUUCGUACUUUCUGGAUGUUCUAUCUCAUUGAUCGCACGGCCAUCUCGAUUCUCGGAAGGAACUGCGUUCUGCCAUGGAGGCGCGUCAACGUACCGAAUUUCGAGGGAACCAUUGACCCCUUGACUGCCGAUAUUGCUCAAAUAUCUUUCACCUGGCAAUGUAAGCUUUGGUUUCUCCAUGACGAGCAGAUGGAUCAGAUUUUUGCCUCAAAGUUCGACUCGAUGCCUGCGCAGCAGCAGAUUCAUCUGUUGGUCUCUACACACGAGGCUCUGAACGGCUUUUUCAAGUCACGAGAUCGAAGACUCGACCUGAAGGGUCGUGAGACCUGCAGACAUGUACUGUUCUUUCACUUGGCGUAUCAGAUGGCGCUCCUGAUCACUUUGCCCCCGUUUUUGAGGUGCUUCUGCGCACCAAAUGCCGACCACUCCGGCGACUCCGAGUUCAUGCUUCUUAUCUUGCGAUCACUAACCAGUGCUGCAUCCAACACGAUCCGUCUAGUGCGGGUGUAUAGGGAUGCGCAUCCAGAGCAGUGGAGAGCCGCCAACCCUGUCGUCAUACACCAUCUUCUGAGUGCAGCCAUCGUUCAUAUGAUGAACGCAACCAGCAAAUCAACAUCUCUCCGGACGCGAAGCACGAUGUGGCUGAGGGUCUGCAUGGAUCUCUUGUCUCAACUGAAGAGUCCUUGGCCUAACAGGGCGAACAAGACUAUCAACAUGAUCCGUGUCCUUGCUGAGCGAUGGGGGGUGCUUGGCGCCUUACCUGUCCGGUUCAGCUCAAAAGUGGCACCAUCCGCGGCAAGGCACAACACGUCUUGUCAUAGUCUGUCCAAUAACGCUCCCACUUCAGCCCAGGAUAUUAACAUUUACAGUCUGAGGACACACUCUCCGGAACUGCGAUGGAGGAAGCGUCAUUCUGCAUGGCCGACCAUGUCUCUGCCGUAUCUUAUCCAAACCCUGAACUUGUUGGGCCCGAAGCUCUGGAAUUUGGGGCUGGAGCUCAGCAAAAGUUUGCCAACUUCUUGUCAAUAG